AUGAUGAUUUUUCUNCUUCGAUGUUCAAAAGGAUGGAAACAGUUCGGUGGUUCGUGUUAUUAUCCUUCACUCAUGAUCUCAACAGUUGACAAAGCCAAUGAAACAUGUCAGCGUGUUCAAGUCAAUAACACACACUUGAUGCGUAUCAAACAUGUUCCUGAAUUGUCGUAUGCUGCUCAUUUGUACACCACCAAUACACUGAUCGAGUUGCUGGUCGAAGUUGAUCCAGAACUGCUAAAAACUGAAUUGUCAGGUAAAGCGUUUGGGGAUAGAAUGUUGACCAAUGAGCACAGAGAUUGGCGAAUGAUGAAAGAUCAAUUCUACCGAGCACGAGUGAACAGUAAACAUCACGACAAGUCUUCCAAUCUGAGAAAUACAAUUAUUACUAAUGCGAGCAGUGAAAAGAAUGAUAUGUUCGAACGACUGGGCCAGAUUCGUGGUUUCUGUCAUCAGUUCGCAUGGAAUGUAUUGAGCAAUGACUCACAUUUGUUCGUCUUUUCCACCUAUAUAUUAUUAAACAAGACAAUUUGUUCACUGAGUGACGUCGAUCUGAAUUCAACAUAUUCAUUCGCUUGUCAAUAUGUGCUGGACUUUUGUUUCGAAAAUGUCAUGUGCGGAAAACAUGGUAAAUGUAAUAAUAAUAUUCAAGGUUUCAAAUGUUCAUGUUCGUUUUGGUUCGGUGGUAUUCUCUGCGAAAAGCUGGCAUGGGAGACAAUUCAAAUGAGCAUUGCUGCAGUUCUGAUAGUCACUCUUACAUUGAUUCUGUUUACUUCUAAAGUUGUUCACAGUAUAAAAUCUAUGAUGAAACGUAUCGCAAAAUGUUGUAAAUCACAAGGAGCUGAUGUAAAUAGGCCGAAUGACAAUAAAAAUAGAACGAAAAAGUACGACACGACGAAAAAAACAAAACUAAGACGACAACGUUCAAUUGGAGUUUUUUUUCUUUUUCUUAUCUUUUUCUGUCUGCUUAUUAUCAUUCCAACUAUUUUUCAAUUACAAGCGUUUUCAUUUGAUGACAUCGAUCCAAUGAAGCCUGAUUUGUUGUUUGAUAAAGUUUUAUCAAUAUUCAAAACCUGCGAACGCAAAACUUUGCUACCAAUGAUUGAUCGUAUUUUCUUGGCAAUUUCAGUCUUUCUCACUAUCACCUUCUUCGUCCUACAACCGAAGCCAGCCGAAAAUAGGUCCCCAUCUAAUAGCUUCGAAUUGAAGGAAAUUCGACCGACGAGAAACAAUGUUGAAAUGGUCACACUUUGCUCUCCACUACCUGCAGCAGCGGUUAAUAACUUCGAACAACAACUUCUACUAUCGGAUCAAUCACGUAAUGACACCACUCGUCCAACUAAUCGAAACGACCCUUUUUCGGGUACAACAACUCCGUUUCAACCGAAACUACCCUCAUCUGGUGCAUAA